AUGCCUCGUGACACGAAUUAUUCCUCUCUGUGUGAUGAUCCUUGUCGCGAUGUUUCACGUCGUCGUCAUCCAGCAUUAUUGCCAUCAUUAAAUACAAAUACUACUGUUGAUGGGCAUGUUUUUCAUCUUGGUUCACGUUAUUCAUCGCCUAAAACGAUCGGCUCUGGAGCAUACGGUCAAGUGGUAUCUGCAUACGAUGCUCUACUUCAACGUAAAGUCGCAAUAAAAAAGAUUAAAUUACCUUCAAUGAAUGCUAUGGAAGCGAAAUUGUUAUAUUCGCGUUCUCUACAUUGUUAUACAUCUGCGACUACGGUUGAUCAAAUGCGCGAAAUCUAUCUUGUCACUAAUUUAAUGCAUUUAGACCUUCAUCAUCUAAUUAAAAUGAAUAAUCAACGAUCUGCGGAUAAGCGUAUUAUCACUAGUAGUCAUAUUCCGCAUUUUCUGUAUCAAUUAUUACGAGCUUUGAAAUUUAUUCAUUCAGCAAAAGUGUUACACCGAGAUCUGAAACCUAGCAACAUUUUCGUGGAUCUUGAUGGUCAUUUACGCAUAGGAGAUUUCGGUCUUGCUCGUGUACCUGAAGAAGUAGCAAAUACGCCGAUGACUGGUUAUGUAUGUACCCGAUGGUAUCGCGCACCGGAAUUAAUGCUCUGUGAUGGAAAUUAUACAUCAUCUAUGGACAUGUGGUCAGUAGGUUGCAUUCUCGGUGAACUUAUUUUCGGCCAACCACUAUUUCCCGGACGUCAUUAUCUAGAUCAAUUACGUCUCGUAGUCGAACGUCGGUGUGGUGCAUUCGGUUUUCUCGCUCAUGAACAUAAAACUGCGUAUCCAACAAUAUCAGACAAAUCUCUGAAUGUUCUGCGUCGAAUUCUAUCUCAAUGUCCAAAUUAUCAUCCAAAACCAUUUAUUCCAUCGGAAUCUAUUGUACCGAAUCUUGAUGAGACAGCAUUUUACUUACUUGAUCGAUUGCUAUUGAUGGAUCCGCAAAAACGCUUGACAGCUGAAGAUGCUCUUCACAGUUCGUUGUUUAAUAAUUAUCGAAAGGAUGCAGGCGGUGAACCAUCAUCGGAAGAAGCUUUUCAACUCGAUCUGAGUCCAUAUCAAUUAACCGACAUUCGCGCAAUGCUCUUCCACAAAGUUCAACUUGUUCAUCAUCAACUUCACGAGAAAGCACUGAUACUCAAUGAACAAGCAACAAUGGCGGCCAAUAUGAACGCAGAGAAGAUGGAUUGUUAUUAA